AUGGACAUAAGAAAGUUUUUUGGUGGUCGAGAAAAGAGAAAAUUGCCAGAAAUAAGUAGUAGCGGAAGUGAUGAACAUGAAGGAAUAUAUAAAAUUCCCAAAUCCUCCAACGAACCUUCCACUUCUUAUGAUCGCAAUACCAGAAAUGCAGAUCCUUCAACUUCUAAAAAGCUUACAAAUGAAGAACGUUUUGAAAAUGACAUAGGUCAAUGGGUGGGACGGUCUAAUCAUUUAACAACAUCUCAAAAAAUGGAUAUCUUGAAACGUUGUUGGACGCCACCAGAAAAUUACAACUAG